CAAGUUUACAUCGAUUUCUAAAUCUUGCUCAACUCCACCAAACUAUCAACACCAACUCAACACCACCUCCAAGAUGACUUGCUGCGGACGUAACAACGGCACCUGCGUGUGCGCCCAGGAGGCUACAUGCUCCUGCGGAAAGCAGCCUGCACUUCAGUGCACCUGCGACAAGGCCACCACCGAGAACAAGCUCCCAACCAGCACCUGCGCCUGCGGAAAGCGAGCUGAGGACGCAUGCAACUGCAGCCGUAGCAGCGACAACGGCUCGUCGGCACUUGAGACGGACUUCACUAGCAAGAAAUAGAGGGAGAUUGGGUUGGAGGCGGAGAAAGAUCGGGAUGAUACCAGUUUGAGCAUUGGGUGGGUGUUUGGGUGUUUGUGAGGGUCUCUAUCAGUUGAUGGUUAGGCAUGCUUUGAAUCAACACAUUAACAUCAA